AUGGCGCCAAAGAUUGAUCCUAAUGAAAUUAAAGUUAUUUAUUUGAGAGUUGUUGGUGGUGAAAUAGGUGCCUCGUCUACUCUUGCUCCAAAAAUUGGGCCUCUCGGUUUAUCACCUAAAAAAGUAGGGGAAGAUAUUGCUAAGGUGACUAGUGGUUGGAAAGGAUUGAGGGUUACUGUUAAAUUGACUAUUCAAAAUCGACAAGCAGAAAUAGAAAUUGUUCCUUCUGCAUCUGCUCUUAUUAUUAAAGCAUUGAAAGAGCCUCCACGUGACCGUAAGAAAGAAAAAAAUAUUAAGCAUGCAGGGAAUCUUUCUUUAGACGAUAUCAUUGAGAUUGCGCGUCAAAUGCGAUUUAAGAGUUUUUCUAAAAAUCUUUGUGGGACAGUUAAAGAGGUUCUUGGGACUGCAUUUAGUAUUGGAUGCUUUGUAGACGGUAGGAAUCCUAAGGAAGUUAUUGAUGAAAUCGAUUCUUGUCAUAUUAGUAGUACUGUUUAG